GCCAAAAUUGCACCGCCAAUGGCCGUGGUCGCUCGUAUAGUAUUGUAUUAUUUUAACAGUAGUUUAACAUAAACUUUUCUUUAGUCAAAUGUUAAAGACUUUAAACUAAUUCAUAAAAAUGCCGGCCGAUUCAACGAUUAUCGCGACGGGGGAUAAAAGAGGGAACGAAAUUUUGUUUGAAAGCCUCACAGAGAGGUCGAAACAUGAAGACUUUUUACGGCGGGCGGUGGAUUUUUUGGUCGAAAGGGUCGUUUUUGGCAGAUCGAGUAGAAGCACGAAAGUAGUGGAAUGGGCACCUCCGGAAGAAAUAAAGAAAAUCAUUGAUUUGAAACCACGGGAUGGACCCGAGACUCAUGAGCAGCUUUUGACGUUUAUGGCAGACGUCGCCCGAUAUUCCGUGAAUACAGCACACCCAUACUUUGUAAACCAACUUUUCUCAUCCGUGGAUCCAUAUGGGCUCAUUGGUCAAUGGUUGACCGAUGCUCUUAAUCCCAGCGUUUAUACUUUCGAAGUGGCUCCUGUCUUCAUAUUGAUGGAAGAGGAGGUGUUAAGAGAAAUGAGAAAGAUUGUGGGCUGGCCUGAAGGGGAUGGCGAUGGAAUAUUUUGUCCUGGUGGUUCUAUUUCUAAUGGUUAUGCCAUAAGCUGCGCUCGAUUCCACCACUUUCCUGAAGUUAAGACGAAAGGAGUGUAUGCCAUACCAAAUUUAGUCCUCUUUACUUCAGAGUUGGCUCAUUAUUCGACCAAAAAAAUGACUUCGUUCAUGGGCAUUGGCAGCGAUAAUUGUAUAAUGGUCAAAGCUGAUAAGUAUGGGAAAAUGGAUGUAUUAGAUUUAGAGGACAAAAUCAUUGACGCUCUGGAGAAGGGAUCUAUGCCUUUCAUGGUUACAGCGACGGCUGGUACAACGGUCUUUGGAGCGUUUGAUCCUUUACCAUCUAUUUCUAAAUUAUGCAAGAAAUAUAAUCUGUGGUUGCACGUGGACGCCGCGUGGGGAGGCGGUGCUUUAAUGUCAAAGAAACACAAACACCUUCUCAAUGGAAUUGAAUUAGCUGAUUCGGUUACGUGGAAUCCUCACAAACUAUUGGCGGCUCCUCAACAGUGCUCUACAUUUUUGACCAAGCAUAAGAACCUGCUAGCGGAGGGACAUUCUUCGAACGCUCAAUAUCUAUUCCAGAAAGAUAAAUUCUACGACACGACAUAUGACACGGGCGAUAAGCACAUACAGUGCGGAAGGAGAGCGGACGUCCUCAAAUUUUGGUUCAUGUGGAAGGCGAAAGGCAGCGAAGGCUUCGAGAAACAUAUCGACAAAUUGUUUGACAAUGCAAAUUAUUUCCUGGAACAUAUAAAACAUCGCGACGGGUUCCGGCUGGUGAUUGAAAAGCCGGAAUGCACUAACAUUAUGUUCUGGUACGUUCCAAGGUGCCUCCGCGGAUGUGAGAAUGACCCAGAUUUUAGCGAAAGACUGCAUAAGGUCGCCCCGAAAAUAAAGGAGAAAAUGAUCAAGGAAGGGUCCAUGAUGGUCACGUAUCAGCCGCAAGGUAAAUUAGUGAACUUUUUCCGGAUCGUGUUUCAAAACUCGGCCUUAGACCACAAGGAUAUGGUCUACUUCGCUAAUGAGUUUGAGAGGCUCGGAGCCGAUUUAAUUGUUUAAAAUAUAUAAUAAACUAAAACGAGUGUAACGUGCAACCUUGUAUAUUGCACAAUGCAUGUAACCUGUGAUUUUAAUUUAUAAAUAAUUAUGUUUUGUAGAUAGAUUUGUAAUAGGCAAUAAAAUAAAUGAUAACGUUGAACCGAAUAAAACAAUUAUAGCGUUA